AUGCCUUCCACAACUCAUCACAGCGCGGGGAAAGAAAGUCCGCUUCCCACGCACAAAGAACGCGCAAAAUUUUACUGUCGCCACGGAGGAGAGGCGAGUCGACUCGAGUCGAGCUUGAGGUGGUGCAGCUUGGCGGGCUCUCCCGCGUGUGGUCCCCAAGUAUGCGGGAUUAUUCAGAGCGAUUCAUUUGUUUUCUUGGGACGGCGCCUCCACCCGUCGGUCGGUCGCGAACACGGCUUGCUAUCCCACGAGGCUGGCAGGAUGGCGAAUCUGACAUUUGUGCGAAGGCAACACGGGAUGCUUUCUAUGACAAUUUCUACACUUACCCAAUUGCGUGGAGAAGCAGCCAAACAGGGACUUAGGAUAGGUUCUCUACUGAAUGUUGAUGCACAGGCAAGCCCCCCACGUGGAGAUGCUUAUUUCCGGGACUGGACCAAUAGGCGACGGAUGAGGGCGAGUCUAUCGGCAAUAGGGAUCUCAUCCCAAGCUUGA